GGCACCUUAAGCUUCCUCUCACUACUCUCUCUCUCUCUCUCUCUCUCUCUCAAUCCUUCCUUCUCUUUCUUGUGUCCAAAGAAAUCCACACUCCCCAACUCUUCUCUCUUCUCUCUUACAUGUAAUUCGAUUCUCUGGUUUUAACUAUACCCUGCAAGCUUUUGAAAUAUAUCAUCUAGAUCAUCGUAUAAUCGUCAUGAGCUGCAACGGCUGCCGUGUUCUCCGCAAGGGCUGCAGCGAGUCCUGCAUCUUACGUCCUUGUCUCCAGUGGAUCGAAACCCCCGAAGCUCAGGGCCACGCUACUGUCUUCGUCGCCAAGUUCUUCGGCCGCGCCGGCCUCAUGUCCUUCAUCUCCGCCGUCCCUGAAUCCCAGCGACCCGUUCUGUUUCAAUCUCUCUUGUUCGAGGCUUGCGGCCGUACGGUCAACCCGGUCAACGGCGCUGUGGGGCUGCUCUGGACCGGGAACUGGCAGGUCUGUCAGGCCGCGGUGGAGACUGUUCUCCGGGGAGGGACUCUGCGGCCGAUUCCGGAGCUGGUUUCGGGUUCCGGUUCGGGUUUGACUCCCGACGAGGCUUCCGAGGCUGACGGGACUGUCUGUACUGACAUGUGGAGGCUCCGAGAUCCGACUCACAAUUCCGGCACCUCUUCCCGGUUCACCAACUCGCGUUCCAAGACGGCUUCUUGUUCUCCGACGACGAAGCGCAAGAGACCAGACGGCGAGUCGUUGAAGGCGCUGCAGCACGCGGAUCUGGACCUGAGGUUGACUCCCACGCUCGCUUUCAGACCAAAACCCAAACCCGACACCCGACGACCCGGCUCGCCGUCUAUGAACUCCGAAGAGUCGGUGGUUACAACGUGCUUCGAGUCUAACGGGUUCGCGGAGCAGUACCCGAACCCGAACGGAGGAGUACUUGGAUCCGAGAUAAAGCUACUCAACCUGUUCCCUUAAAACUGGUUUCUUUGUUUUUUUUGGUGAAUCUGACGUUCACGUAGUGAUCAAUCCCAUGUAAUAUCCUCUUUCUUUUUUCUGGGUUCUUUUUUUUCCUUUUCCCCGGGAACCAUCUCCGGCGAGUUUUGCGUAGUUUCCCGACGGCCCAGGAUUUCUCUCUUUCUUCUUACAGUUUAUAGGGAUCGAAGAGAGAAAGAUGAAGAGCUUUUGUCGGUGGUUCUUUUGCUUAGCUUCUAGCUAGUAGCUAUGAACGAGUAGUCUGUUUUUCUUGUGUGACAUGAAUAAUAAUAAUAAUCCAUUUCGGGAAAAUUUGUUCAUGCGUCUUGUUUCUAUUUCGGGAGGUCUUCUUCCUGGCUUUUGUUUCUAUGUACAGAACUU